UAAAAAAAAAAGGAGGGGAAACCACGAGAAACGUCGCAUCCCCGACCAUUUAUCUGGUGUGAAGAUGGCGGUCCCAGCUCAAAGCAGCCGGACCGGAUCCUUCAGCAGUCUGGGGAACAGUCCGACCGCAACACCGGGCGGCUUGAACAACAGCCACAAGCUAUGGUGCUGUCACGAGCUGGAUUUCAGGUCCGGAGUGAAGAUCGAGGAGCUCAACCGACUCAUCCAUGAAUUCAGUAAACAAGACCAGCGCGAGUAUGAUGACCAGAGGGCACUGGAAAUACACACCGCCAAGGAUUUCAUCUUCUCCAUGCUCGGCAUGGUGCAAAAGCUGGACCAAAAGUUGCCUGUUGCAAAUGAGUACCUAUUGUUGUCUGGUGGUGUGCGAGAAGGUGUGGUGGACAUGUACCUUGAUGAGCUUGGUAUCUAUAACCGUGGCUUUGACUAUGACAUGGCCUUCACCCUGUUGGUUCCUGCCCUAAAGCUACAUGACCGGAACCAGCCCGUCACACUGGACAUGCGGCAAUCAGCGCUGGGUCACUCAUGGCUCAGCUUGCGACUUUUUGAUGAAGGUACCAUCAACCGCUGGCGGGACUGCUGCACGAUGACCGACCAUCUUAAUGGCACCACCAACUACUUCUUCUCACCCACACUUGUAGCUGACUGGUUCCAAGAAGCAGUUGGAUUGGUGCUGGCAGAGUUUCAGCGCAAACCGCAAAGGGGCACCCCGAGGGUGGAACGGGUUGAGCGUCACAGCACGCUGUUGUCUAUGGUUUUAGGUGUGGGCAGCAGUCGUAUGCUUUAUGAUAUUGUUCCUGUGGUGUCUUUUAAAGGCUGGCCAGCAGUUGCCCAGAGCUGGUUGAUGGAGAACCACUUCUGGGAUGGGAAGAUCACAGAGGAGGAGGUGAUCAGUGGCUUCUAUCUGCUGCCUACCUGCUCAGCCUCCGGUUGUAGAGAAAAUGAGUGGCGUCUCUCCUUUGCCCGCAGCGAAGUCCAGUUGAAAAAAUGCAUCUCACCAGGACUCAUGCAAGCUUACCAGGCAUGCAAGGCGAUUGUCAUCAAGCUGCUGGCCCAGCCUACAGCUGUCAGUCCCUAUUACUUACGAAGCAUCAUGUUGUGGGCCUGUGACCGGCUACCUUCAAGCUAUUUGGCACAGGAAGACUAUGCUGCACACUUUCUGCUUGGUCUCAUUGACGAUUUGCUGCACUGCCUGGUCAACAAGAACUGCCCAAACUAUUUCAUCCCACAAUGUAACAUGCUAGAGCAGCUAUGUGAUGAGACAGCUAUGUUUCAGGCUCGUAAGCUUGUGCUUGUUCGCUCGGAUCCAGCUGAGCACCUGCGCUCCAUCAUUGAGCAGGCCAAGGCUGCCAAUAGGCUUACCCAGGAGAUGCAACGUCGUGGGAGUUCCUCAGGUCUGCCGUCUCCACUGGAAGAUCCCUCCUCCGCAGAUCACCAACAGCCCGAUGACCGGUUGGCCAAGAAGCUGCAGCAAUUGGUGACAGAGAAUCCAGGCAAGUCCAUCUCUGUGUUCAUCAACCCUGACGAUGUCACACGCCCUCACUUCCGUAUCGAUGACAAGUUCUUCUGAAAGGAAAGAUCUAUUUUCACUUCUCCUCUGCUCUCCUUGCAUUGAUCAUGAUUGAACCUGGGCAUGUGCAUGACACUGUCCUGAAACUGGAGCUGUGUCCCUGUGCCUGCACACAUCAGUAGUGACUGGAGAGAUACUAUGGGAGAAAUGUACUGCAAGAGAAACAAAGAUCUAUAAGACUGGCCUUACUGGAUGGAGAAUGCCAACCUGCUGUUUGGAUAGCUGAUCUCGCACUUGCAGGGGUUCUAAGCAUAGUGGAUUUGGUAUCAUGAUGACUCAGAACAGAGAAGAGCAGUGUAAGCCUAGCACAGUUUAGGCAAUGAAUUGCAGAUGAACCAUCAAAAAUUCAGUAUGUUCAUAGAUGGUAUUGUGUUCUGAAGAAAAGUCUGACGUAACAAAUAUUUGAAUCAGACAGUCUUAUUCUCAUGUUUAUCCUUGAAGAAACUAUACAUUUGUUUCUGUACAUCACCUCUUUGUGUUUGUGUUAUAUACAAAUAAUGCUUGGAGAGAACCUGGACAGAAAUGAACUUCCUUGUUAUUUAUUUAGAGGAAACAAUGGCAGGAUUUGCCAGAGGAAGCCAACCCAUAUUCCUCUCUAAGGGAUUAAAAUCAUAUUCCCUAAGUGCAAUUAAUAGAAUAUGAAUUUAUGCCCAGUUAGAGUGUGUUGUAGUUGACAAAAAUGUUCAACCAUAAGAAUGCAGAAUACACUAAAGGGAUUUUGUAACAUAUGGGGGUAUCUGACUUACAAUAAAUUUCAGUGUAGGACAUUAGUCAUCUAGGUACUGUAUCUCAAAUAAAGAUUCUAACUUGCCUGUGUUCUGCCAGUAAAUAAAGUAUAGGACAAUAGUUUUGGAAAUUGUGUUGGUUUAGAACAUAGCUUCAGUCCUUUACAUUUGUGCUAUUCCUAGUGCAGAAUAUAAAAAGCUUUCUCAUUAGCUCAAACAGGUGUAAGUAAUAAAUGAGAACUAGAUAACAAAAGAAAGAAAUGUUGAGAAAUAAAUAUAAUUUUAACAUUUUAAUAAUGGUAGAUAUUGACAACAUGUGCAGUGUUUUGCAGUGUAUUUGAUUGUUUAGAGUAAGCACAGGUAGGAGACUAUGUUAUGUAAAUCAUGCAAGUAAAGAUGUAUUUGGGGGGCCUGGGUAGCUCAGCGAGUAUUGACGCUGACUACCACCCCUGGAGUCACGAGUUCCAAUCCAGGGCAUGCUGACUGACUCCAGCCAGGUCUCCUAAGCAACCAAAUUGUCCCGGUUGCUUGGGAGGGUAGAGUCACAUGGGUUAACCUCCUUGUGGUCGCUAUAAUGUGUGGUUCUCACUCUCGGUGGGGUGCGUGGUGAGUUGUGCAUGGAUGCUGCGGAGAAUAGCGUGGGCCUCCACACACAGUACGUCUCCGCGGUAACGCGCGCAACAAGCCACGUGAUAAGAUGCGCGGAUUGACAGUCUUGGACACGGAGGCAACUGAGAUUCAUCCUCCGCCACCUGGAUUGAGGCGAGUCACUACGAAAUUGGGCAUUCCAAAUUGGGCAAAUGAGCUGAGGGAAUAGUGUAUUUAUGAUUAAAGUGUAAAUACAGUAAUAUUUAACAUGCAAUAGGAUGGAGCUCUUUAACUCCUAUGUAACCAUUGCACUGUAAAAAGGUUUUUAGGUAACCUAAAAAUGUGCUUCAU